AUGGCAACAAAAAUACAGUAUAGUGUUCAUACAACGAACAAGUAUUCAGUAUUUGAUACUGACCUUUCAGAUGAAGAAAAUCGUGAUAAAAACAAAAAAAAAACAACUCCAAAAAUAAAUGAAAAACGUGGACAUGAAACGAGUAAACAUGACCAUGAAACCGAAGAAAUAAAUGGAGUUAAGGAUAUUUCUUUCCCAAUAAUAAAAGAAUAUAAUGCAAAGAAAACACCUAACACAUAUUAUGAUAGAUAUAAUAAAUAUUCCAAUAAUAUAAUAAAUGAUUUACAUGAAAAUAGUUAUAUGCGAGGAUAUAGAGAUUCGUAUAAUAUGCGAGGAAGUAACUUAAGAAGUAAAUUUGCAAGGAAAAGAGGGGGCUAUAGCAAUACCUCUACAAAUUUAAUGGUAAAUAGUAAUUAUUAUAGGGGAUCAAGAAAUUAUGAUUAUAAAAUGGAUAGACGAAAUUACAAUUCAUCCUACAAUUAUAAUAAAUUUGAUUAUAGAGAAAAAACGUUCAAUGAUUAUAAUCAUAGCUCGAAGUAUGAUAAUAUGAAACGAGAAAAUUAUGGGGAGGCAUCAAAUAAUGGUAGGAAACAUGAGGCAGUUACAAUAGAUUAUGAUUUGUACAGGAAACAACAAGAGAAAAAAUUAAAUCUUAGUAAAAACCUUGAAAAUGCAAAGAAAAAUAAAAAUGAAAUAAUAAAUGAAAGAAAUGAAAAGAAUGAAAAGAUUGAAAAAAUAGAAAAGAAUAGCAAACUAAAUAAUUAUUCAAAACGUUAUGAUAAUAAUAUAGGUGAAGAUAAUAAAGGAGAGAAUACAAAAAGAAAAGCAAUAAAUGUAUAUCAAUAUAUUUUAGAGGAAGGUGGAAGAGUUGAUAAACUUCCUGGAUUUCGAAGAAACUUUAGAAAUUUUAAAAAAGAUAAUCAUGAUAAUUGGAAUAAUAAAAAUGAUACUAAAUCAAAAGCAGCAUAUGAUGAAAAAUAUUUUAAAAAAAGAGACCCUCCAAAUAUAAAUGAUACAAGGGCUUUUCCAUCAUUAACUAGUAAAUAA